UCGGAGGAUCAAGCCAGUGCGGUCUCUCUCUAUAUUAAACCGCGAAUCAGACAUUGUGUUAUAAGUUAUAUUGUUUUGAAAACUACAAUGAACAUUUCACCGGCAUUUUUAAAACAGCUAUGGCUAACAAUAGGUGCCUCGUUGGCGUUUUUAAUAAUUGGUCUGGUUCGCGGAUAUACUGCAUCAGCUCUGCCUUCAAUAGAACAGUAUAAUCCUGCAAUUGUACAGCACAGUGAACAAAAGUCAUGGACAGGUGCAAUCGCGUCAUUUGGUGCUUUCUUAGGCAGUAUGUGCUCUGGACCAUUAAUGCAACGGGCUGGCCGAAAAAGAGCGCUAAAGCUCACAGCUCCCCUUUGGAUUGCCGCAUGGAUAAUUGUUGGUUUUGCCCGCAUCUUUCCAAUCCUGCUACUGGGUAGAAUCCUCACUGGCUUAUGUGUGGGAUUUGUAUUAGCUCCAGUUCAAGUUUACGUGAGUGAAUGCUGCGACCCCGAGAUCCGUGGUCGUCUCGGGUCUCUACCUACGCUGUCCAUGUCGUUGGGAAUCCUCAUCUCCUACAUCGCGGGUAGCUGGCUGUACUGGAGAUACCUUGCCUUUCUCUCAGCCACCUUUUGCGUGGGUAUGUUUCUUGUCCUAAUCCCGUUACCAGAAUCUCCCGUAUGGCUCGAGACUCAAGGUUUGGAUAACAGUGCAUCUAUGAAGUGGCUUCAUCUCUCCAAACACGCCGUUGCUAAAGUUAAAGAUGUUAUGCAAGAACCUGUGAAGAGUAUAUCCGGCAACAUGAAUCCAGCACCUGCAGAGCCUGAACCAAAGAGUCUUUUCACUCGAGAAGUGUUCUUCUCAUCUCCCGUGAUCAAGCCAUUGAUAAUUGUAUUUGCACUACUUUUCUUCCAACAAUUUAGUGGUAUAGAUGCCGUGAUUUUCUUCACAGUCGAAAUCUUCCAAAAAUCAGGUAGCAAAUUAGACCCUAUGAUGGCCACAAUAACAGUGGGUGCGGUGCAAUUAUUCAGCAAUGGAAUUAGUACAAUCCUCGUCGACCGUGCUGGCCGAAGACCGCUACUCCUGCUCUCAGCAGCGACUAUGUCAGUCUCCAUGGUUUCCAUGGGAGCCUCUUUUUACUUCGAAUUCGACCAAGACUCAUGGAUGGGCUAUCUGCCCAUUGCAAGUCUGGUAGUUUUCAUGUUGGGCUUCUCUCUGGGUUUUGGCGGACUUCCCUUCUUGUUGCUCGGUGAACUCUUUCCCAAGCACUACAGAUCACAGCUGUCAGGAAUGGCCAGCGCGGUCAAUCUGCUCUCCAUGUUUUCUGUUAUCAAGUCCUAUCAUGCUUUAGACUAUGUAUUGACAUCAGCCGGUACAUUCUGGCUGUAUGCAGUAUUUUGUGGACUGGCGUUGGUCUUUGUCGCGUUCUUCGUUCCUGAGACUAAAGGAAAGUCCCUCGCGGAGAUCGAGCAGCAUUUCAGAGGCAAUAAGCAUCAGGAAACUGUCAGCUUGCAAGAUAUACAAACAAAAUUUUGAUAUUUACUUGAAAAUAGGCAAUUAUAGUAUUAUUCACAUGUAUAUAUAUAUAUAUAACUUACAGUUUUAUCGAAUUUCAAUAUAUAUGUACGUAUUUUUAAAUAAAUAAAUAAAUAAUCACAUCUAUUCGGAUGACUGUAAGUUAAAGGUAAAGUAUUAUAAAAUAUAUUCACUUCCAAUGUUAGGUUUGUAACAUUGCGAUGUUUGUUUGUGCAACUACUAUUUAAAUAAAUUUGACGCCAAAAUGAAUGCUAAGUUAUUAUUAAGGUUAGGUAACAAUAAAUAACAAACAAGAGACAUAAAGUUUGAAUUAAAAAGCUUUUCUGUUGUGUAGAAUAUGUCUAGUGUUAUGUGUUAUUCGAAUCUGAAAAGUGAACUGUUACUAGAAUUUUUAACGAAUCCGUGUUUUAAACAAAAGUAUGUAUAAUUAAUCUCAUAUACAUCAAGCGACUUUACCUGUGAUAAAUAUUUAAAUAGUCUAGUCGUGUAAAAACUUAUUAAAAUUUGGUUCGAAAUGCCUUUUUUAAUGAUUGUGCGAAAAUGUUUUUUUACUAAGAAUAUUAUAAUUGCGGUAGAAGACCAAGUAUUUUAUAUAAGUCGUCUAAAAAUUAAGGCAAAAGUCAAAAGUCACAAAACACUGGCUUAUUGCCUUGUUAUAGCGAAAUAAAGUUUUUGAAUAAUCGAAAACUAUUGUAGCCUCAAUUUGUAAAAAUAAUUUCUUUAUAAUUAUAUAUAUUUUAAUUUAUAAGCACGUUGACUGGUUGGUAUGUAAUAAUUUAAAGUUACGGGUCCAAGACCAAAUUCAGCUUUUGUUCAAAACUGUCUGGUAUUUUUGAUGAAUAAUUUUUGACAACAUGGUUGAGAUUCGGUUUAGAUUUUAUCUAGAGACAGACUCUUUACAAUUUUAUUUAUUCUUACAAGUUACUAUUAUCUGCGUGACUUCGCGAAGAAACAGGAAGGCGUUGUAUAUGUGAUAGAUCAGAUAACAAAAUUUUUUAUUUAAACAAGUUUGUUACAAUGUAAUAAAUUUUCGUAUUUCCGCUGCAACCUCAUAAGCACCUCGUCCCGCUUCACACGGGAAAAAGGCACUUAUGUCCUAAAAUGUUUUGUUAAAUUAAUUAAUGCACAUAAAACGUGAACUUAUGAUUAUAAUUAUGUAUUUGAUGUAUAAAUCUUUCUUGAAUUACUAUAUCAUAUCAUGAAAAUCACACAGUUUAAGAGAAUAGUACAGACGGAAAACAAGUGUAAAUUUGACAUUAUACUGUGUAAUUUCAUAAUUACCAGUUAAUAAAGAAGGAGCAGAAUCUAAUUUAUAAUCAAUGAUAUAUCGGUAAUAAUUUUUAAUUUUAUUAAGUUUAAAAAGUGUUCAAGAAAGAUAACUUAAGGGUCAUACAGACAAUAAGUAAGAAUGAAAUGUUACUAAAUAUUUAUACUAAAUGUUAAUUCAUAUUUAUGUUCACUGCCUGUUUAGU